AUGGAUUCGUCGGCAGAAGAAAUUGUACAAGAGGUUCCGCUGAUACCCGUGUUUAGUCCGGCAUCCUACAAUCUACCACAGUUCAAAUUCGCUCAUCUCCCGCCAUCUGAGAUAAGAAAUGCUUGGAUUGGUUGGAUUCGAUGGUUCGAGAAUGUAAUGACUGCAACGAAUAUCAACGAUGGAAGAACUCGGAAAGCCCAAAUGCUGGCAAUGGGAGGGAUGGAGUUACAGAACGUUUUCUACGGCAUUCCCGGAGCUGACGUAGAUGACAACAAUGACAACCGUAACCCGUACGAGCAGGCAAAACAGAAGCUUUCUGAACACUUUUCUCCCAAACAACACGAGAGUUUUGAGCGAUUCCAGUUUUGGUCGAUGUCUCCAGCAGAUGACGAACCCAUCGAAAAAUUUCUGCUGAGGGUUCAGCAAAAGGCCGAUAAAUGUUUCUUUGGACGAAGCGAACAACAAUGCCGUCAAAUUGCAAUUAUGGACAAGGUUAUCCAAAAUUCUCCGGAGGAUCUUAAACGUAAACUUCUAGAAAAGGAACAUCUCAACCUAGAUGAUACCACAAAGAUCAUCAACGCACACCAGUCGAUUAAACAACAAGCGUCCCUGAUGAAAUCUGGAUCAAAAGUGGAUAUCAACCGCCUUGCUACUAAGCGGAGACACUCGCCAUAUAGAUCCGGACAGGAUUCCUACAUCAAGAGAUCAAGAACAGUGAGAAAUAUCGAAACUCAUGAGCGCGACGAAAUCAAAAAGGAGGAGCUGCCGGUCUACAACAUUGCUGAUGACGAUGAUGAAUUUAUUAAAUGUCGCGUAGGAGGAGUGGAAAUCGAAAUGCUUAUCGACUCUGGUUCUACGUACAACCUAAUUGAUGAUGCAAUCUGGGAACUCUUGAAGUUGAAAGAUGCCAGAUUCACAGCCGAGAGAGACGAUGACUCGAAGCGGUUUUUGGCGUAUGGGCGAUUACCACUGAAGCUGUUAACGGUGUUCGACGCCGUACUUGAAGUUAAAGACGGUGCCGAAACUAUCUCAACGGAGACGUCAUUCUACGUUAUUGAAGGUGGUCAACAACCGUUGCUGGGAAAAAUUACAGCAAGGAAAUUGGGACUUUUACAUGUCGGUCUGCCAAGUUCGUUUGGGAAGGAUGUCAACCUUGUAGAGAACACAAAAUUGUUUCCGAAAAUCAAGGAUUUUCAGUUGACAUUGCCGAUUGAUCGUUCUGUUUCCCCCGUCAUUCAACCUCUUCGCCGAUGUCCGAUUCCCAUUCUUGGUCGAGUGAAAUCCAAACUAGACGAAUUACUGGAGAUGGGAAUCAUCGAACGGGUAACAAAACCGAGUUCUUGGGUGUCACCUCUAGUACCUAUUAUAAAAGAUAAUGGAGACCUAAGAUUGUGCGUCGACAUGCGGCGAGCAAAUCAAGCAAUUCAGCGAUUGAAUCAUCCUUUGCCCGUGUUUGACGAUCUGUUACCCAGAUUCAGUGGUGCGAAGUACUUCACCACGUUAGAUAUCAAGCAGGCGUUUCAUCAGGUUGAACUAGUGGAAGAAAGUCGAGAUAUCACCACUUUCAUAACAAACUGGGGUCUAUAUCGCUACACUCGUCUGUUGUUCGGUGUGAAUUACGCUCCAGAGUUUUUCCAAAACCUAAUGGAGAGCAUACUAGCGCAAUGCCCCAAUACAGUGGUUUUCAUUGACGAUAUUUUGAUGUGGGGAGCGACAGAAGAGGAACAUGAUAAAGCGGUGAAACAUACACUGGACGUUCUCAAUAAAUAUGGACUAUCCCUCAACGUCAGUAAAUGUAAAUUUAAGCAGCAGGAGCCCUCGUUCACGCAGAUGCUGUACUGUAUGACGACCGUGGUGACUGGUCGAAAGUCGAUGUGA